AUGGCUCGAAGAGCACCAGUUCUGCUGUCCGUGGCCCUGCUUGCCUUCGGACUGCUUGCGUUGAACCAAGCGUUCUUGGCAGGUCCAAACAAGCCAGCUUUGCGUGGUCAGGAAGCUGCUGUGGCAGGCGCAGUCCUUGCAGCACUGCCUGCUGCCCCUGCUUUGGCCACUGACCAGGCUUCGGACAGCUUCAGCAAAGUGGAUGCCAUCGUCAUCUUCGUGCCAAUCAUCGUUGUGUGGAUUGCCUUCCUGGAAUGGGAUUCCAAGCAGCCCUCCGCUGACGUGGAAGGUGUCGGCUACCUUGGCAAAACGAUCGAUGGCCCUACACCGGACAAGCCUGCCUACUUCCGUCGCAGCCCUGAGAGCGGCUAG